CCGCAAUAUUUUUACCACUGGAGUUUUUAGGAGACACUCGCGGAUACCAUGUAGGCAUGCACACGCAGCUGAUUUGGCAUUUUACACUGCAACUAACAGUCUGAAGUGAUAUUUUACACGGAUUGGCUGCAAAAACUCGUCGCGUGCCUCUCCUGGUGCCAUAAAAUAUGUCGACAGCCUUCUCCUUCCAGGCACAGCUCGUGUCCAUCAUGGACGCGUUAUCCAAAACAGCUGUGUUGGAAAUAAGCAAAUUGGUCGAGAUCGAGUCCAAGAUGCUGAAGAUAGAGAUCACCCGAGGGCGCAACGAGAUCGCGUCGCUGACGGAGAAACUGCAGCUGAUGGAGAAACUGCUUUGUUUGGCUCAGGGGGGCAGACAGGACGCGGCAGCUGCGCCGUGCACGGUGGCCAAGGACGCACCACAACACAGAGGAUCCGAGCCCGAGAGGACCAGACCUGUCAUUAAAAGCGAAACUCCGUGGGAAAAUGCAAGUUUCUCCACUGAGCUGAGCAGUUUGCAUCCAUGUGAAGAGCCAUCUGCAGCUGAACCGCCAAAUCCACCACCCAAAGAUCAGCCUGCUGUGAUAGUGGUGAAAGAGGAGCCACCAGAAGUCGACGACGCAAAUUCUGAAACGGACAGGACAUGUAAAAAUAGACGGGAAGCUGUCGUCGACAGUCGGAAGUGUGCAGAUGUGUUGCAGCUUCCCAAGCCCACCGCGGAACGCCAGCAGCCAUUGUUCACGAACAACUUUGUGAGCGGCUGCACCUCGUCUCCUCUCUCUGAACAAGGGAGGAGAGAACCCCACUGGAAUCCACAGCUUGCACCUGCACAUGCAAACCUCGAGGCGGGGAAGAGCAUUGUGCAACACGUGGCCUCCCAGAGCCUGACUGUGCUCCGGAACAUGAAGCUUCAUAACUUGAAGAAUUCAGCUGCUAAAAGAUUUGGCUGCCUGCAAUGUGGAAAAAGCUUCAGAUGUUUUAGCCAACUUGAAAUACACCAGAGAAGUCACACGGGUGAGAAGCCUUUCAGAUGCACGCUGUGCGGAAAGCGAUACGCUCAGAAAGGACACUUGUACACCCACCAGCGCACACACACAGGGGAGAAGCCAUAUCGAUGCCCUAUUUGCGGAAAGGGCUUCAUUCAAAAAUGCACUCUUGAUAUGCAUCAACGUACACACACUGGAGAGAAACCUUUUGUUUGUGUCAAAUGUGGCAAAGGAUUUACAAAGAACUGUAAUCUAAAGAAGCAUCUCACUGUACAUCUGGAUCCUAAUUUGGAUAUAUAUAGUAGUGAAAGCAGUGCAUCAACAUUUAGUGGGACAUUUGUCAGUGGAACCACUUGGAGCGGCGCUGGCAAAAAAUACGGGAUCAUCACAAAAAAAUUUGAGACAUCGAGCUUGCACGACGGUAUGAUGUGCGACACCCCGAAUCGAAGUUUCCGGGCGCAGCUGGCCGCGAUCCUCGACAAGCUGACCAAGGUGGCGCUGAUUGAGAUCGGCAACCUGGCCGACGAGUGCUCGUCCGUCCUUCACACCGAGAUGUCGCUGCACAGGACGGAGAACGAGGCGCUGAAGAAGCGGUGCUACUCGCUGGAGGUGCAGCUGCGGGCGGCGAGGGAGGCGCAGAGCUACCCUCCACAUGUCAACAGCGGCGUCAGCCGGCGGCUGCCUGCAGAGCCGCACCAUCCACCUCCAGCCAUCGAUGGAGUUUUUGGAAAGGACUGGUGUAUCGAUCUGUGGAGAGAAGAGAAGCAUCACUCUCAAAGGACAGAGCCAGUGGAGCCUGCCAUGACGAGCAUGGGAGCACCGCCACUCGGUAUGAUGGAAAGAGAUCCCGAUCUCAUCUUUGUCAAGGAAGAGACUUACGAUGAUCAUCCGAUCGGCCCACAGAUACGACUCAACGAUCACAGAAAAGUUGUCGGGAUGUUCGAAGAGGACAGCAUGCUUCAGAGAUCCGUCGACGAGCUGCAGCUUCACUCAGGGGAGUUGAACCAGUUCCCCAUGACGUCCGACAGUCAGAUGCAGCCGCGCCCGCAGCCGACCAUCAUGGACAAGCUGAUCGACGACGCGACGCUGAAUACUCUCGUCGACAACACGAACCCCACCCUAGCCGCGGCAGAGUACUCCAACUACACGAACAGCAGCCACAUGAAUGCAACCAAAGAGUCCCCCUUUCAGCCCAAACCCGCCAAGCCGGCAAAGCAGUUCGAGUGCCUGUUCUGCGGGAAAGUGUUCAACUACCUGAGCAGCCUGAAGGUCCACAUCCGACGGCACUCCGGCGAGAAGCCGUUCAGCUGCUCGGUGUGCGGCAAGCGCUUCGCCCAGAAGACGUACCUGAAGCUGCACCAGCGCGUGCACUCGGGAGAAAAGCCGUACAGCUGCCCGGACUGCGGCAAAAGUUUCUCCCAGAAAAGCUCCCUCAACAUACACCUCCGAACGCACACCGGGGAGAAGCCCUACAGCUGCGUGGAUUGCGGGAAAUGUUAUGCAUACAAGUACGGCUUGAAUCAUCAUCAGUGUUUCCACUGAUGGAGUGAACCAGAAGCGCUGAUCUUGUGCCAAUAUGUCCACAGUAGAGAUCAAAAUGAGGAAACGUUAACCAUAUAGGAUAUUUUUUUUCAUAUAAAUAGUGACCUUGAUCACACAGUUGGAAGCUGUUGUUGAAGCACCAUUCUACAAGUAUUGGAUUAAAAAAAAAUUGCUUUUAUACUGUGAGGAAUAUGGUUAGAAUUUAAGAUGGUGAAACUUACUGGCUGAUUGAAAAGACUGGAGAAAGUGCGGAAUUUAUUCAAACAUCCCCGAUUUGUUCCACUCCUCUGUUUUGAGCUGAUUCCAAAUAAUUUCAGAUUGUAAGUUUCUCAUUAAUAGACUUGAUGAAGUCCCGAUCAAUACUCAGUUUGCUGCAGACGGCUACCUCAGUGUUUCAGUGUUCCGAGCUUUAGGGAAGUGCUUUAAGGGACUUCACAAGCACGUUUGGUCUUUCAUGAAAGUUUUCUGUGUGAUUGAGGGCGUUUUCACAUGGACGGAAGCACAUGUUGAUAAAGAGAGUUCCAGCCAUCAUCUGCACCUUCCCAUGCGGCUGUGCAUGUGAUUCAAUUCAGACACGGGUUUUAGCAACCUUAGCGUUUGUUCUACUGGUGGAAAAACUUUAUAAUUCUGUUUCUACUGUAACCGGUUGUUUUCCAAGUGGGUCAUCCAUCAGAUUUUGCCUUAAGAGUUUUUAUUUCAGUUAAAUGUUGAAAAUCCAAAAUUGUUACAAUAUCAAAACUGUUCUGAUUAGAAUACAUUCAAACUAGCAUAAGCUGUGACUUCAAAAAUUUAGAAGGACAUAACUUCUCUGCUUGUGAUCUCUACUGUGUGUAAACCUCAAACCUGGAUUCAAGACGAUUGUAGCAGUAACACGCAAGGUUGUGAGCCAUCUCAAGAAAGGUGCUCCCAAUCCCUGGGAUUUUAAAUGAUCUUGUUUAACCUCAUAUACGCUUGAUAAUUAGGCCUUGAUGACCUGAUGUUGCUGUUUACAUAAUUUUAGGUUGCGCAAAAUAUGUUCAUGUCUUUUGGUUCGAUAUUAUUAUUUUCUGACUUCGUUACAACAGUGAAAUUUAAGGAAAUGUAUUUCCGAGCUGUUUUUUUUUUUUUUUUUUUCAAAAUUCCCUUUCAUAAUGUUACGUCAUAACUGUUACUGUAAACAUGUUUAUUUUUUCAUUCACUUGAGCCUUUUGAGGAAACAUGUGGCUGGUGAGCCAUGGCUUGCAUUGCCAAAAAAAUGAAACAUUUGCCAAGCAAGAAAUGUCCCUGAUAAGAAAUUACCGUUGAUCAGGCAAAACACAACUGAUGAUCCAACCUAUUAGAUCUUCCUCUGUUUCAUCAUUGCACAUGUAAGUUGCAAAAUCAUAAAUCUUUCAGGCUUGUUUUAUGAAUGCCAAAACAGAAACUGUGGGAAGUUGCUCCAGGGUUUGCACACAUGUAGCAUAAACCUUCAAACUACCUCUUUGCAGCAAAGGAGGGAUGAAACUGCUCGUUGCUCCUGCGUCACUACUGCGUGAUAGAUCUCAUACCAUACCUCAUUUCUUUAAACUGGGCAGAGUUCUGUCUUUUUCAGCAAAGUGGCUAUAAAAAUGUUCAGUAUUGGUCAUAUAUUAUACAGAUGUUUUCCAGAAAUGAUUCUAGUCACUGUCACUAGGGUCACUGUGAAUAUAUUUUUCUUUGGAGGUUCAUAAUUGUAGACAUUGUAUUUUCAGUAUGCAGUAAAUCCAAAGUUGUUUUUUGCUUUUUAAUAUCACUAUAUUUUUUAAUGAACUGCCUGCAAUGAUCACUCUGACCCUGCUGAGUGAAUUAUCUCUGUCCAAACCAGGAACCUGCUGUUAU